AAGAGUAUUGGGUUGGUUUAGUUGAGAUGAGUGCGAAUGAGCGUUUUUGGGUCGCAGACUGUAAGAAUUUGACAUUAACAACACAUUAUCUCCAGUCCUUUGAUCCUAAUAAACGAUGUAUGAGGCAUAAACGUGAUCACACUGCAGAUCAUAGAAAAUGUACUGAAGUAGAGGCCAUCUUAUGUCAAGUUCCUUCAUCAGGAACUUGUGACGUCGUUGGAGUUAUUGAUAGCGAGGUGUUAUCUGUUACGCCAGGUAUAACAGGGUGCGAGUCUUUGUGUCGGAAUGAUCCGAAAUGCUGGGCGGCGAUACAGUACGUGCCAAACAAUUGUGUACAACUCGCUGUUCCAGGACAUGGUGUCGAGGGUUUUACAAUGAAAUCAAAAUUCUGUUUUAAUGUGACCUUAAAUGAGACAUCAGUUGAUGAUGAUCAGUCAAACAACGAUGAUAUACCCAAUGCCUCAUGCGGGAAUUUUUCUAUCCAGCCAUCGUCAACUAAUGUAUCUUUGGUGACGUCUCUGGGUGUUCCUGUUUGCGACACUGUUACGCUUACAACAAACCUCACCAUAAUAGAAAUGACCACUGAAACGACUACAAAAAUAUCUAUCAAACCCACGACAGAAGUGUCAACAAAAACAACAACUGAAAUGAUUCAUUCUAUCGCCAUAGAAAUAUCAACCAAGACAGUUACUGCUUUUGUAACUGCGACACAAACCCAAAAUAUAACGUUUGAACAGGUGGAACAGGUUGCUGCGGAAAUUGUUAAAAAUUUAACGGUUGAUGUAAAAUCGACGUCAUCACAUAAACGACGACUAACAAGUGCUGAAGACAAACGUCAAUCAUCUAAGUUUGUUGGGUUUAUAGGCGUCAUUUUUGUUGCCGCACCGCUUGCACUUAUGGUAUUAACUGACGUAAGAAAGUUGUUCGUCGAUUUCCAUACUUAUAGCAAUUUUCGUAAAACGGAUUAAUAGUUUAAAAAAUGAUCAGGACGUUUACAAUUAUUAAUCUUUAAAUUAUAUGUAAAUUUUGACUAACGCAUCAACGUUAUUAUAUUAAAUGUUACUUAAUCGUUGUAGAAGGCAUAACAUGGCAAACCAUUUCGAACAUUUGAAGAUAAUUUGACGGAAGAAUCACCGUAAAGGAUGUAUCCAAACAGGUUGUUGUUGUUACAAAAUAGUGUUAGAUCUACUGAAAUUUGACUAAAAAGCUACAAUUCAUUCCUUUUGUAACAAUCCUAUUAUUAUCAAGUUAUUUUAAAUUUGCCAUCUGCUAUUAUGUUCUAUAUUAUAUAUAGGGUUGAUUAUAUUGAUCAGGA